AUGUCUAGAACAAACACUACGAUCCUCCCUCCUGCUCUGAAGAAAGGGGUCACGAUUGCAUUAAUCUCCCCUUCUCUGCGCUUUAAUAAUGACUUCCCCAAGGCAAUUGCCCGGGGACGAGUCUGCCUGGAAUCUCUCGGCUUCAAAGUGAAGAUCAUCUUCACAAGUCUGCCACAGGACGCUACGAUUUCCGAUAUGAUUCAAGUCCGAUGCGAGGAACUCCAUGCUGCUUUCGCUGGCCGCGGUAUAGCGGCCGUUAUUUGCAUGAGUGGAGGGUCCCAUGCAAACGAGCUGCUGCCCUUGCUCGACUACAGCCUAAUCCAGGCGCAUCCCAAGAUUUUCAUCGGCUACAGUGACAUUACGUUCUUGCACUUUCUACGGCCCAACGGUGCUGUCACACCUAUCAGACUAUCCGACACCCUUGUCAUUAACAGUCGAGCACCUCACAUCUGCACUGUUGAACACAACGACUUCUUCUUUGGCAAUGAUACAUCCAAGAAGCCACGCGUUUUGGUCAAGGCACCGUCCUGGCGAUGGUUGCGCCAAGGUCGCGCCACUGGCUAUCUCUUCCGAGGCACUGUAGAAUGCAUGGUGCGGCUGCUAGGAUCUCCGUAUAUCCCACCGACAUGGAGAAGCAGCAUCCUAUUUCUCGAGGCGGCCAUGGGCGAUGACUUCCGUUCGCCGUACACUGUGGACAAAUUCCGCGUGAGUCUAGCGGAUCUUACCCUCAUGGAGGUGCUGCGAGAUAUCAGCGGAUUGGCCAUUGGCGGAGGAUACAAGUACGACCAACAGAUGCAGGAUGACCUUGCGUGGUGA